CCGAGACGCUGCUGUCCGAGUACGACCGCCAGUCGAUGAGAACACUGAAUACAUCCUUCGCAUCCACAUUCUCGUGCUUCCGCUGCAACAGGUGGCCACAUUUCUAGAGUCCUCUCACGGGUGCCCAUAAGCAUACAUCUGUAAAACGGCGUUAUCGCGCCACGUCCCGGAAUCCAGUGACGACGCCUACACGCCACUUCUACGCUCAUUACUGAGCACUGGGACGAACCACUCAUUGAUAUCGCCCUCGGCGUGCUGCUUGAAGUGCAUCCGGCUACGUGCAGUCGGGUACACGCUAACCCAUGCUUCCACAGUACAGCAUCCAUCUCCUCGUGUCCUCUUUCCUCGGUUGCACAAGAAGGAAAUGCAAGCGGACCGGACCCCGAUGUGCGCUUCCCAACCCCUCCCUCUCCCUCUGGUCAACUCGUCGGAUGAGACAUGCGCUUUCUGGUAACUCCAUGCGCUGGCCGAAUGUCUGAGCCAGCUGCUGAGCGGUCCAUCGCACCUGAGUGUAACUCGGCGGGAAGAUCCGCAUGUGAACGGUCUUUGCAAGAGUGGGAUGAAGGGGACGAGCAGCACGCCCGAGUGAAUCCCGAUCUGGGUUUCUUGCGCAUCUGUCGUCUCCCGCCGUGCUGCAUGUGGGGCGAGGACAACCUGCUUUUGCAGUGGCCGCUCACCUGCAACUCGUCCCCAUAAUCAGGGGCUUCUCGUCAUUCGGUUCUCUUAACGCACUGCAGAUUGUCGAUUGUCGUCGCGCGUCAUUGACCCUCGAGACACCUCCGUCCGCUUCUCCUGCCCUCGGUCAUCAUGAUGAAGGGCAUGGGCUCGGCUGCAUCGCCUUCUUUCGCUUUUUCCCGGAUCUCUCAACUUCGAUGAGGGUUUGAGCUGGCGCACUCGCUCGACACACAGUUUGUUGACUUUUGCGGGCCGCAAUACUCGUUAUUAACUCCAACACCCUUGGAUCUGCGUCAGGAUCCUUUACUCACCGCAUGAUAAAUUAUUAGUGCAGAUCCCCAGACACUAACCGAGAUGUUGAAUUGUCUCGCAUGUGGUCCGGUGGCGGACAAGGCCUAUUUCCGCUUCGAGAUUCGCUAAUAGCGUUGCGAUUCUGGCUUUUCGCUACACUUCGGAUAUGUUACCAAACCAUGUAUUUC